AUGCCAACCAAUCGGCGGCGCGGCUACGCGACGUACUUCGGUGAGGAGAUCUGCACCACAGGCUCGCCGUGGGCCGUCGACGGGCUCAUCAACGCGUCCGGCGUGCGCGCGGCGAUCGAUCACGAGCUGCACGCGCUGCACUGUCGGCUCUCAGAGCGGAGCGGCCGCGGCUACAAGUCCUUCCUGCCGGGGGACGGCGCCCCUGCCUACGCCCACCUGCGCUGGCCGCUCACGCAGCUCGAGCAGAUGUGGCGACGCUACACGGACGGCGUGCCCAAGUUCGCCGUCUACAGCGCGAACGUAGUGCACGAGGGGCAGUACGGCAAGGACCUCGCGCAGCACAUGACGGGGCUCUCCGCGUACGACGGCUACCUCGCCGACUUCCUCGACGGCCUGCUGCGCCGCCCGGAGGCCGACACGCUCGUCCUCGUGCACGGCGACCACGGCGUCCAGGACGGACCCAAGAUCCUCGACCUGGGCACGCAGUGGGAGCAGCGCGCGCCGUGGGCGCGGCUGCUCGUGCCGCGCGCGCUCGUGCCCGACGUGGCGCGGUUGCGCACGAACGCGCAGCGGCUGUCCACCGCCCACGACCUGUACGCCACGCUGCGCGGCGUCCUCCUCGGACGCCCGGGCCAGCGCCAGUCGUCGCGCGCGCGGCGGCACGGUCUCACUAGCUCCGAAGCACGCAUCCCGCAGGCUUACUGCCCGUGCCAGCACGAGCGGCUGCCGGGGGGGCGCGCCUCGGGUGUUUGGCUUGAAGCGGCGCUGGUGACGGCAACCGGCAGCCACGUGCACGGAGUGCUAAGCGAGGUGCCUGUGUCCAAGUCUGAGUAG